AUAUUAUUUCAUUUUGAAAACAAAUGGCAGUGCCUUCCAAAAUUUGUAACGGGAACAUCGUUUCGAAAAAGCAUAAAUGUCUGCUUUUCUUAUCGCUUUGUUCUUCGAUCAAACAUAUUUCUCAAAUCCACGCCCAAAUCGUCAUCUCUAAUCUACACCAAGAUUCUUUUCUUCUCACUGAGCUUGUUAGGUUCUCCUCUCUAUCUCCUUUCAAAAACCUCAGUUACUCGCAUUCCCUUCUCUUUAACUCACUCAAUUCAACUCCGUCUACAUGGAAUAUGCUCAUCCGAGGCUAUGCUUCGUGUUGUAAAAAGAUAGUGGAUGCAAAGAAAGUGUUCGAUGAAAUGUGGGAAAGAACUGUAGUUUCGUGGAACGCCGUGAUUACUGCUUGUGUUGAGAAUUCCUACUUUGAGGAUGCGCUUGGGUAUUUUGUUAAGAUGAGAGAUUGCGGUUUUGAUAUGGAUGAAACAACGAUGGUGAUCAUGCAUUCAGCAUUUGCAGAGUUGGGGUUCUUAACCUUAGGGAGGUUGUUUCAUUUGCAAAUUAUUCAGAGAGGUUUACUUUUGAAUAUUCAAUUGGGAACUGCACUUGUUGAUAUGUAUGCGAAGAGCGGAGAUGUUCGAUAUGCUAGCCGAGUUUUCAAAAGAAUGAAGGAGAAAAAUGUGUGGACUUGGAGUGCAAUGAUUCUGGGAUUUGCUCAACAUGGUUUUGCUAAGGAAGCCCUUGAACUUUUUACAGAGAUGAAGAGAAGUUCUUUUAUAAGACCAAAUUAUGUUACAUUCCUUGGAGUUCUUUGUGCUUGUAGCCAUGCUGGAUUGGUCGACGAUGGGUUCCGAUAUUUUCACGAAAUGGAGCAUGUUCACGGGAUCAAGCCUAUGAUGAAUCAUUAUGGUGCCAUAGUUGAUAUCUUGGGUCGUGCUGGCCGUUUAAAAGACGCUUAUACUUUCAUAAACAAAAUGCCUAUCGAACCAGACCCGGUCUUAUGGAGGACACUGUUAAGUGCAUGCAGUGUUCAUAGUGUUACUGGCACUGAUGAUGUUGGUGAUAACGUGAAAAAGAGGUUGCUCGAGUUGGAGCCAAGGAGGGCUGGGAAUCUGGUAAUGGUUGCUAACAUGUAUGCAGAAUCUGGAAUGUGGGAUCGGGCGGCCAGUGUUCGGAGGUUUAUGAAAGAUGGAGGGUUGAAGAAGAUGGCUGGUGAGAGCUGUCUCGAGUUAAAUGGUUCAGUCUAUUGGUUUUUUUCAGGGUAUGAUUCUCAAUUUCAUUUCAAUGAUAUAUAUUCAUUGCUAGAUACUCUGAUCUUACACAUGAAAAUGAUUAGCUUUUCGUAGUUGAAUUACUUGAUAUGUUACCUUUG